AUGAUGAUGGCGCAAUCGUUCCCUGCCCAUCAAGGCAUCCCGCAACAUCCUGGCCUGCCUCCGGGGCACCCUCUGGCUGCCGCCGCUCAGCAUCCAAAUGCUGCACAUCCCGGUGCUGGGAUGAUGCAGCAGGUGCACCCUGGUGUGUCGGCGCCGGGAGGGCCUCAAGUCAGUCAGGCUGGCCCGAUGAUGGGUGGGAUGCCUCCUGGUGCUGGAACGACUGGGCCUGGAGGUCCUGUCCCGAAUGCUCACGCUCUUUCCCACUUGGGUCCUGCGCAAGCGCAUCUCUUUCAGCAACCGCAGUUUGCCCAGCAGUUUGCCAAUAACCCACAGUUACUGCAACAACACCAACACCAACAACUCCUCAGACAGCGAAUGAUGUUCCAACAGCAGCAGCAACAGCAACAACAACAGCAGCAGCAGCAGCAGCAUGGAGGACUCCCGGUGUCAUUACCCAAUGGUACACCAAAUAUCAGUGCGGCUCAAAUGGCUGCCAUGCAAGCGAAUAAUCCGAUGCGACCGGUCAAUCUUCAAAUGCACCUCCAACAGAUGCCUCAUGGACAACCGCAGAAUAUCCAGCAACAGCAACAGCUUUUUGCUCUGCAGGCCCAACAUCAAGCACAGGCGCAUCAGGUGCAGCAGGCCCAACAACAGGCAAGCAAUGCUGGGCAACCAGGUCAACACACGCCGCAGCAGCGUGCGUCUGCACAACCUCAGAGUAUACACGAAGCCCAGAGUGUGACUCCUCAACCUCAACCUGGUCCGCCGCCACAUCAGGGAAGCAGUACACCGCAGUCGAAUCCGCCACAGCCGCCCUCCUCGCAACCUCCGCCGCAGCAAGGUGUAGCUCCUCAACCACAGCCCACUCCGAAUCCACCCCCACAACAGCUACCACAAUCCCAGCCUUCAGGGCCACAGCCACAAGCUCAACAGCCGCAACCACAAGCGCAACCACCACAGCAACAGGGCCAGCAGGGCCAGCAACAGGGCCAGCAGCCUCAGCCACCAAUGACUGCCCAGGAGGCUCAGUUGAAAGCGCAACAGCAGCAAAACAACGCCGCUAUGAUGAUGCAGCAGCGAAUGAAUAUGAAGGGUGCGGCAAUCUUAUGUCUCAAUGCAUUUUCUGAGCAUUUGAGUAACUUUACCGUACGUUAUUCUGCCGCUCAGGAUAUCUUGUACUGGCAGUCAUUCGUCGAUAGGUUCUAUUCCCCAGGUGGUGUCUUGCGACAAGGUGUAUACAACCCCCAAGCCGGCUCCAAGCAAUUCGAAAUCUCGACCCCCGCUCUAGCACGCUACUAUUUGACUCAGUUCACCAGCGGAAUCCGUAACAUUCAAAUGGUUGUGGAGGGUGCCCGAGAAAGGGAUUCGCCAAACGGUGGCCACAUUGUGGAGAGUGCGAAGACUUCGUUCAUCUAUUGGUUUACAAAUGACUCCCAGCUUUUCACCAACGGGACCAUGAGGGCACAUUUUGACGUGAACAACAAGAUUGAAAUGCUUGACAUUGUUGUCAUGAACCAUACUGAAUACCUUCCAAGGAGCCAGCUGCAAGCAUUGGAGCAGUCUGAGCAGAAACCGAGUCCCAAGGUGACCAAGGGGGCCGGUAAACGUGCCCAAGCGAAACAGGCCCAGCAGCCUGCUUUCACAUUGCCCGAGUCUAUGGUAACAGCAAACGGUGUUCCUACCGCGGUGAUGAGUUUCUUAGAAGUGGCCGAGACCAUCUCGCAAAUGCAAAUGCUGUUUCAAUUCUCUCAGCAAAACCCCCAAUUGUCUCCACCUGAAGCACUACGGAGCCUAGUCAACACGCUACAGAAUCAGAAUCCGAACCUGGGAUUCAUGCCGGGACCCAUGAAUCCAGCACUUCAAGGCCAAAAUCCACGUGGACCUGGUAUGAAUGGGCCGUCUCAGUUCGCAUCCCCUGCCAUGGCACAUUUAGGUCUCCCAGGUGCACAGGGCUCGCCCCACCUUGGUGGUUCAGCUCACCCUAGCCCAGCACAGAGUCACCUAUCCGCUCCACCAGGUAUGAUGCCACAAGGUCAAGUGCAGCCUAAUGUGGUCCAGACCAGUGCAAGCGCUAGCCCAAACGUGAGCACAAAACGUCGACGAGCAAGUACCGUCAAAAUAGAGAAUGAUGACACCCCUGAUGUCAAUGGAGCUGCCGCUCAAGGGGCCGCCAAGGUGAAGGCCAGCCCCCGAGUAGGUGGUAAGAGACAAAAGGGAACCUCUUAA